AUGGAACACUAUCUAUCUAUCUAUCUAUCUAUCUAUCUAUCUAUCUAUCUAUCUAUCUAUCUGCUCGAAGGGGCAAUCUACGAUAUUGCCCGUCCAAGUAGAAUCUGGACCAGCGACCUGGUCCACACAGCCCAAUUGAGCGGCGAGCGCGCUCGAAGCUAUAGCUGUGGAAUGGACCGCGUUGAUAGAAGAUGGAGACGGAGCCAGACGCCCUCGGACAGGAACGUGCGUAAACGCAGAAGUCGGAGCCGUUCGCUUCGGCGCCUCAUUAAAUACGAACCUAGCCUAACGUCUAUUUCCAACAUUCGUCCGCCUCCCCGGGACAAGACGUACAUUAAACUGGAAGGGAUUCUGGCGCGUAUAAACCGCCGGAUCGAUUUUAUAACGGGGGAUGGCAAUUGUUUUUUUCGCGCCCUCAGCAAGGAGAUGAUGGGCAACGAAAAAUAUUACGACUCGAUGAGGCACUCUAUCGUCGAUUACAUGCAGAAACAUAAAAGCCUUUUUGCCCAUUUUAUUGAGGUUGAGCAAAAUAUUGAGGAGCAUCUGGAAAGAAUGCGGGAAAACAAAGUCUGGGCCACCACUGCAGAAUUGUUCGGCGCUGCCACCCAGUUGAAGACCGAUAUUUACCUUUUCACCCCAGUGGCUAAUAGACGUUACCAGUGGUUUUACUUCCGUCCUUUGUGGGGGCGCGGCCCAGACAUCGAUUACAUCGCUCUUUGUCACACAGACGCGACCCAUUUUGACAGGAUUAUUCCGAAAGAUAUGUUUGAUAAUAGCACAUAUCCACCUCCAGUCUGCAACAGAAAUUUCCUGGAUUUCUUCUUAAACCAAUCUUGA